UCAGGGUCUCCCAAAAUUUUUAUCUCUUCUUUCACUUAAUAAAUACAUUAAAUCUUUGUCCGGAGGGGAUAAGCUCAUUUGCUCUCUCUCAUUUCCACAGGAAAAAUCAGAGACGAGAAAGGUAAAAGAGAAGAGAGUAGCCUUUAUUUUUGGUUGAUUUUGCUUGCAAGGCCUUUUUUUUUUUUUUUUUUCCAACCAUUUCCCCGAUCCUAAAUCCGAAAAAUUCCUUUCCCUCCAAUCCAUUAACCAAAUCUUGCAUUGAUAUUGUUUUCUUGCGUUCAUCCUUUCUUGGAAACCAAACGCCUUUUUGCGUUGUUCUUUGUUGGCUAACGGCAAAAAAAAGGAUAGAUUUUGAUUCCGAAAAAGUGUCGAAAUUCAAAGUUAUUUGUUCAAAAGAAGGAAAAAGUUAAAGAAAGAGAGAGUUUUCAAAAGAAAAAAGUGGUCGAAAUUUAAUAUCAAGAUGGCGCAAUUUGGAUUGAAACGGAGUGUUUUGAGAUCUAUAAUGUUGAACUUCCUCAACUUUGGUUUAGCUUUCAUGUUAAUUUCAGCUGAGAGAAGCUUGAAGCAUGGAGAAUCCACCAAGGAAUCUGAAACAAAUAAUAAUUUUUUCCUCAAAGCUAUUAAUUUCUUAUGGCAAUCUGAUGAAUCAGGUUAUCAGCAUGUUUGGCCUGAAAUGGAAUUCAAUUGGCAAAUUGUGCUGGGAAGUAUAAUUGGAUUCUUUGGAGCAGCGUUUGGGAGUGUAGGGGGAGUUGGUGGAGGUGGCAUUUUUGUUCCUAUGCUUAGCCUUAUUAUUGGAUUUGAUGCAAAGUCCGCCACAGCUAUUUCAAAAUGUAUGAUCAUGGGUGCAGCAGCUUCAACUGUUUACUACAACCUUAAGCUAAGGCAUCCUACAAUUGAUAUGCCUAUAAUCGAUUAUGAUUUGGCUCUGCUUAUCCAGCCAAUGCUCAUGCUGGGAAUUAGUUUAGGAGUCGCUUUUAAUGUGAUCUUUGCGGAUUGGAUGGUCACAAUUUUACUUAUUAUUCUCUUUAUAGGAACUUCAACAAAGGCAUUCUUCAAGGGUGUUGAAACAUGGAAAAAAGAAACCAUACUGAAAAAGGAGGCUGCCAGGCGUUUGGUAUCAAAUGAUGCUGGUAGUGGAGAUGUGGAAUACAAGCCUCUUCCUGGUGGCCCAAACAGUGACCCUCCAAGGGAUAACACAGACAAAGAAAUCACUGUUUGGGAGAAUGUUUGUUGGAAAGAAUUUGGGCUUCUUUGUUUUGUUUGGGUUGCAUUCCUUGCACUGCAGAUUUCCAAGAAUUAUACAACUACUUGUUCAGUAGCGUAUUGGGUUUUGAACUUGUUGCAGAUCCCAGUUUCAGUUGGGGUAUCUCUGUAUGAGGCAGUUGGUCUUUAUAGAGGAUGGAGAGUAAUUGCAUCCAAGGGAGAUCAAGGCACAAAUUGGCGAGUGCAUCAGCUUGCUACCUACUGUGCUUUUGGAGUGCUAGCCGGAAUCGUUGGUGGUCUACUCGGCCUAGGUGGAGGAUUUAUCAUGGGUCCUCUAUUCUUAGAGCUGGGUGUCCCUCCUCAGGUCUCAAGUGCUACUGCUACCUUUGCCAUGACUUUCUCCUCGUCCAUGUCGGUUGUAGAAUAUUACCUUCUGAAACGUUUUCCGGUACCUUAUGCUCUCUACUUCACUGCAGUGGCUACUGUUGCUGCCUUUAUCGGACAGCAUGUUGUCAGAAGGCUGAUAAUUGUAUUUGGAAGGGCAUCUCUAAUUAUCUUCAUUCUAGCCUUCACAAUUUUCGUUAGUGCAAUAUCACUAGGUGGCGUUGGCAUAUCAAGCAUGAUAGGGAAGAUUGAGCGAAAGGAAUACAUGGGAUUUGAAAACCUCUGCAAGUAUGAAGGCUGACAUGUCAGUUUUUUUUCUCAUUUGAUCCUCUAAUCCCCCCUCUCAUUAGUCCAAUGUUACUUUUGUUUUUCAAAGGCAACAGAAAUUGCCUUCCAUUUAUUCCAUUUCUUUGGUUGUGGGGAAGAAAGAAAAGCAGAAAAGAAAAACAGAGACUUUUAGGGAUGUUCCAUGUUAUAUUUAACAGAGACUCUCAGGGAUGUUCCAAAAAAAAAAAAGGGAAAAACAGAGAUAUCUAGCGACAAACUUCAGACUUGUUUGUUUGUAAUUUUGUAUUGUUUGGAGGUUUAUUUC